AUGGCCUACACUGAUUUCUUACAUUGUGGCAAUUUGCCACCGAAAUUUAUGCCGAAGGAUAAUGCUGCGAGUCAUGAAGAAGAUGAACGGAAAGUGAGACGGAGAGAGAAGAACAGAGUGGCUGCCCAAAGAAGCAGGAAGAAGCAAACACAGAAGGCAGAUAAACUCCACGAGGAGUACGAGUGCCUUGAGCAAGAGAAUAUCUCCCUGAAAAGAGAGAUCGGAAAGUUGACGGACGAACUGAAACACUUGAGCGAAGCGCUGAGGAACCAUGAAAAGGUCUGCCCGCUGUUGCACUGCUCCUUAAACUUUGGCUUGAUUCCCAGACCCGACAUCCUCAGCAGCCCCUUGCCAAGAUGAUGCGUUCAGCAGGAAACCCUGAAGUGCUGCUGAAAUGAGAGCACCAUUCAGAGUUUCAUCUCUUUACUGUGUGAACACAACAGCCUUGCAGCAGCAUCUCGCCUUUACAUUUUGGAGUCUUCCAAAUAUUCGGAAGCCAUCUGGAUGAUGAAAUGGUGGGUGGGCUCCAGCCUUGUGGGAGAACCUUUGGAGAGAGCUGUAUGCGCCCCUCCUGUGUUCUUCAGCUGUGUACGCGACACCCAGCGAGAAAUACGAAGCACAUCACAGAAGCUACAAUAAGAGGAAUUCUUAACUUCAUUUUACAGUAUUUUCAAUGAUGCAGUUGGCUAGUCCUCAUUGUUACUCAGAAGUGAGCUGCCACUUAUAGAGGGUGAGGAAGAGUGUGCUGUAGCAUUUGAACCCAACCAGCGGAUGUUCCCAUCUGUGAUCAAUGGUUGGAAGCUCUGUGCAUUUAGCUUUCUUUCUGAUUCCUUGUUCCCUGCCAGUCCUUGCAGACUUCUCCACUUCGGUGCCACUCUGUCAGACAAGUCAAGCUUUGUGCAAACCUGCCCAUUGCAAGGGCACCUGUCGCUUUAAGACUGCUCACAGAUAUCCAUCAGUUCUGCAACACACAUUCAGCCUUUGCAUUUUUGUGGAGAAGUCAAGAAUUGCACAGUAUUGAUUAUCCCUUCCCCACCCAUCAAUCACGAAGCAGUUCCAUCCUUUCUCAGUGCACAGCUGUCUGGCCCUGAUAUGAGCUGGGUAAUCUAUUUCCCCCCAACUCUUCCCCAAAUCCUGGUACAUUAAUUUAACUGCAAGACAAAAGUGUGCAGUCAGAUGACCAGUAAGUGGCCGUUCCAUUCCAGAACACGCUCCCUAGUGAUCCCAACUCCUAGAGUCAUAGAGUUGGCAGGGGCCAAAAGAGUAAGAUUUCUAACAAGCAAGAUGCUCCUUUUAAUGAUGCUAUGUAUGUCACUCUGCAGCCUGGGUGUCCCAAUUCAUGUGGACUGAAGGUCCACAUUCUUGCCCGUGUUCCUUUCCCAUCUUGUUGCUUCUUCACCUGCUCUGCUCAGAUGCUGUCCCACAAAGUAAGUGAAAGGGUGGGGGAAAUGGCAGGGCCAAGGAAGCAAUUGGUGUCAGGAAGGAUAGUUGCCAUAGGUGCUACUAUUUCAGGUACUGUACUUUUAAAAGUCAGCCUCUGGAAUAAAAGAUGAGGAUAACCUGUUUAAAUCAGAGUGUAUUUAUCUGAAUGGCGCUUAUAUCAUGGCCCUCUUCUACGGCAUUUUGGGAUUGGUGGCCUGGCGAGGUGUUCAUAAUUCUCUGUUAUCGAGCUCUGCUGCGUUCCCUUGUCCUACUGCGAGGAAGAUGAACACGUGGAUCCUGCAGCAAACCAAGCCUGAAGUGGAGGCAAAGAAGAAGAAGGUGAAGCUGAGGCUGUCCUACUUUGGGCACAUCAUGAG